AAAGUCGAGAUUGAUCACGGGAACCGAAGAAUAUUGACGGAGUAUGGAUUAGAAGCUGGGCAGCUUAUUGGAGUAAGCCAAUACCCCUGCUUUAGCUCCUGUAGGCCUACGGGAUUUUCUAGCUCUUCAGUCGGGUUUCUGAAAGCAACUCUUUUACACAUCUUAUAACCAAUAUCCAUCCCCGCCAGGAAUUCUCCAGACUGCCUUGUCCACGACUCGACUAUUGAACAACCUCUCCCCCACUUUCAAUCUCUUGUCACCAAAGCAAACCAACAUAAUAUUGCUACCAACAUCACAAAUUUUGGAUUCAACCUUGUGAAAUGGCGCCUUCAACCGCCAUGAGCUACGAAUCUGUGGAUGUGGUCGUUGUCGGGGCCGGAUUGAGUGGGUUGCAAGCGGCUCUUGACGUUCAAAAAUCUGGCCUUAGCUGUGUCAUACUCGAAGCAAGAGAUCGAGUGGGCGGCAAAACCCUCUCUCAGCCUUUAGCCAGUGGGAACGGGGUAGUUGAUUUGGGUGCGGCAUGGCUCAACGAGGCCACACAGCCAAAAAUCUAUGCAUUGGCGAAAAAAUAUGGCUACGAAACUGUGGUACAGCCUUUCAAAGGGGACGAAAUUGUGGAGGAUACAAGCGGGACUAUUCACAGGGUCGCCCAGGAUCACUUACCUGAUCUGCCGGCUGCGACUUUACGAGCUAUAGGAAUGAUUACCAGCAUUCUGGAGACAGAAGCUGCCAAAUUAGACCUCCGCAACCUUCCAAUCUCUGAAUUUGACAAGCUCACAGUCAGCGAGUUCCUCAAGAAGGAAGGAGCUAAUGAAGAUACAUACAAGUUCUUUGAAACAACCGUAAAGGGUUUGUUGGGCGUCGAUGCCACCGAACUGAGUCUUUUUUUUUACUUGGAUUAUAUCAAGAGCGGGGGAAGUCUUGAAGAGCUUAUGUCAGAGAAAAGUGACGGUGCACAAUAUCAGCGACUUCGUCAAGGAAUGCAAUCAAUCUCCAAAGGGAUGGCAGGCGAUCUUCAACCGGGAUCACUAUUCCUAAACAGUCCAGUCUCCCACAACCACCAAGAGAAGAACCCUUCAGCCUGCGUAGUCACGACUCAGAGAGGGAAACAGUUCCGAGCCAAAAAGGUCGUCAUUUCGAUCCCAACACCGCUCUACAGGACCAUCAAAUUCUCGCCGGCACUGCCGAAAGCCAAAAUGACGUUGGCCGACUCAACCACACUUGGAUACUAUGCUAAGACCAUUCUCAUCUAUGACAAGCCAUGGUGGAGUGAGCUUGGCCUCAGAGGUUCCUUUAUCUCAUUGAUGGGCGCCGUAUCCUUUUCAUACGAUACCUCCGUGGAAGCCGACGCCCAGUAUUCCAUUACUUGUUUCAUUGUAGGCGGUACGGGACGCAAAUGGUCUAUCCUAUCCCCAACAAUGGUUGGAGAUGAGCAUGGACAUCGAGUGUAUCAGACGGAGGAAAUUAUCGAGGAUGAAUGGAUCAAAGAGCACUGGAGUCAGGGUGCCCCCAGUCCAGUCAUGGGGCCGAACUUGCUGAACAAGUAUGCUGACGUGCUGCGAGCUCCCUGUGGCAAUCUACAUUUUGUGGGAACGGAGACUGCAUAUGAGUGGAAGGGGUAUAUGGAUGGUGCCGUGAGUGCUGGUGAACGAGGCGCAGGGGAAGUGAUCCAGGCUUUAAUCAAGUCUGCUGCCGGCCAAUCGUGA